AAUAAUCAGUGACCUACUGUCAACCACCCCGCAAGAUGUAGUUGUUACGCCCUCACCAUACCACCCCGCUGAAAACCUAGAUGACAAAGUAAUGAAAACAUAUCAGCAAUUGCUUAAGAACGUUAAACUCAAAAACCACACUGAAAGUUUAAUCCACGCUUUUUACCUAGGUGAAAUGCUGACCAAGACAGAUCCUAAGCAGUAG